AACAGAGUUGAGACAUAAGGAGUGCGCUAGUCAUCACCAUGUUUGUGAAUAUGUUUUCUUCUUGUAUUUUAUUUUAUGGUUAUUUUAUUAUGUUGUGUCCAUCGAGUCUCGCGAUAAAAGUAGCUGUGUAUCGUGGAUCAGAGAUGUUACAUAAAGUCAUCGAACCAGUUUAUACUGGUACCAUCUAUGUGCAGCAAAUUCACUACGACAGCGCUUUAGCUACAACGCACUUCUUAGUGGUCGACAUUAACGACAACUUGUAUGUAACACCGUACAGUGAUGAUAUAAGAUUGGUAGUAGAUGAAGAUUCAAGCUCCUCUUUAAAAAUGUUUACUUCAAAUUUACUUAAUUUAAAAGAAAGAGCUUUUAAUAAGCCUUUAAUCAAAAUUAAGUUGAAGAUAUGUACGAAGGAAAAUAUAUGCAUAAAACAUACUAUUUACGAAGGAAUACUUGUUUCAGAUGCAACUCCGCUCUUACAAACAGAUGCCUAUUGUGCAGCGGAAGGCUGUAGGGUGAUAGUGAGUUUGUCAGACAUCACUAUAGCCUAUGUCCUGGAAAAGGGAACGAAUAUGAGCACGUCGACAGCGUCUACAGCUACGAGAAAGCGUCAGACAGCGUCUACAGCGAAGAGAAAGCUGGUGACGAGCCUGCUCGCUGCUCAUGGCCAGCCAGAGACAGUCGCCGCCAGUGAGACCUAUGUCCUGAAAAGAAACGCAUCGAGUGUAAGCACGUCGACAGCGUCUACAACGACGAGGGAGCCGGUGACGAGCGUGCUCGCUGCUGCUGACCAGCCAGAGACAGUCACCGCCGCCAGUGAGAACUGGACAGCGACUAUCGUCACGGUUGCGGUAACAUCGGCGGCGGUGUUGCUGCUGGCGCUCAUCACAGUGGCCUGCAUACGUCUCUGUCGCGCGCGAACUCCCGGUCAGCCAGCUUCAGACCGCUUUUUGAAUCGGUUCUACGUGAACAACCUGCUGCGAGAUGAAUGCGAUGCGGAGAUACGCGAGCGUGAGCGACGCGAUGCGGAGAUACACGAGCGCGAACGACCCGAUGCGGAGCCCGAAUAUGAUUACGUGUAUAACCAUACACAAAGAACUCGCUGAAUACUGAACUGUUACACUCGGCAUCAAACCAACAGUUUUGUGUGCAGUGCAGUGCCGAGCUCAGCUUACUGCGCCCACUGCUCAACAAUCCUUUCUCAUCUACGAAUUAUGUAUUACAAGGGAAACGCCUUCUUAGCUAGAAGCACGUCAAGCUUCAACAAACUGC